ACACCGCAAAAUUUGCGCGGGUAUUGAUGAGAGAGAAUUUUCAACAAAAAAACCAACCCAACAUUCUAAGAAAGAAAGAGAGAGGGGGGAAAGAGAAAAAACAACAACAGAGACAAACCUGAUGAUGAAGAUGAUCGAAGAGACUUUCCUCUGAGAUCAUCUUGAAAAAGGCAGCAUAGCAUUUUACAAGAAAAAAGAAUCAACUUUGCUCUAAUCAUUCAUUAUUCAUCCUUAAUUUUGUUAAUUAACACAAAAAAAUCCAUUAAUUACUUGUAAUUUUUGCUGCCUUUUUUCCUCAUUUAGGGUCUCAAUUCAAUCCCCCCCCUCCUCCUCCUCCACUUGCAUUGGAUCAUCAUCAUCAUCAUCAUCAUUCCACAUUGUUGAUUUCUUCAAUUUCAAUUUCAACUCAGCAAAACCAAAGACUCACUUUUUCCUUCACCCUUUUCUGAGUUUUCUCCUCUUUGUAUGCUAAAACCACAUUGUUGGGAAGCAUCUGAGAGGGAGGUACUGAGCUUCAUUAUGUAUUUGUUGAGGGAAGGGAAAGUUGUAAGGAAGAGAUACAUAGAGCUAUGAGAGACCCUGAUGUUAUCUUUGGAUUUGGACCCUCCAGCUGCAAUUGUUUUUGCUUUCUAUUGUAACAUACAAGUUUUGCCUAGUUGAUUAGUUACUUUCAUACACUAAAGGGUGGAGGGUUUUGCUGUAUAGAUAAACCUGACAAAUUUGUACACAUGCAUAUAGCUUCUGGCUUAUAAAGAGAGAUAGAUACCGGUUUGCGUAUCUACCAAAGCGACCAUUGUGUUCGUACUGCAAUGGAAUGUAUAUGCGAUCGAUUUGGAUUUUGGCUCAGGAUUUAUGUUGGAUUGAUUUCUCUUUGGACAAUUCGAUUGUGCUGGGCCCUGAAUGAUGAAGGAAUUGCUUUGUUGGAAUUUCGAGAAAGAAUAACUUCUGAUCCUCAUGGGGCUCUGAUAAAUUGGGAUCCAAAUGAUUCCGACCCUUGCAAGUGGUGGGGUGUUCGUUGUGUUGAUGGUAAAGUGCAAAUCCUGGACCUAAAUGGGCUAUCAUUGGAAGGGGAAUUAACUCCUCGUCUUGGGAAACUUAGUCACUUAAAGUCUCUUGUGCUAUGCAAGAACAAUUUUUCUGGCACCAUUCCCAAAGAACUUGGAGAUCUAGAAAAUCUUGAGUUGUUGGAUUUAAGGGAGAAUAACUUAACUGGAAAUAUCCCAUCAGAAAUUGGCAGGUUGUUGUUGUUAAAACAAUUGUUGGUUCAUCACAACAAAAUUGAAGGCAGUGAUUCUCUAGAGCUUGGGAACAUGCCUUCUAAAUCACUAAUUAUUGACAACUAUUCAUCACCUCUGCCAAGUUUAUCUCACUGCAAGCAUAGAAAGUUUGCACACUGCUUGUGGUAUAGAGAUUUCAAGCAAUUGAACAAGGUAGAUUCUUUGGCUGUUCCAAUUAAAGGAGCACUUAAAAGAUACUUUAAUGCCAUGGCACUGCCAUUGUUCAAGCUAGGAAAGGCUACCUCUGGCUAUGAAGAGACUUAUUGUGCCGGCCUUCCUAGUACUGACGAGUCGGAGGUUGACCCAAAUUUAUCAAAUCUAAUCAGUUCUGCACGUCGUAAGUUGCUUGAUCAGUCCAGUAACCUUGCAGCUGCACCUUAUAGUGGACCUGCUAUACAGAUCAGUAAUCUCCCAAUUACCAUAAGUUGUGGAUCUUUCCCAGCUGUGCCAGAUGCCAGUAAGAAACAAAAUCAGUCAGCUGCACCGUUAGAUCCACCUACUGUUUCUCCACCACAUGAUAAUGAAAUAAGUCAACCAAAUUCAGAUAGUGGUGCUCCAAGUGGUGCUCCAAGUAAACUCUGGAAAUAUAUUAUCAUUAUCUCUGGUGUGGUUUUCUUGGUCCUUUUUAUUGUGCUCAUACUUUGCAUCUAUCGAAAACGAGCUGCAAAAGUAAUAAAGCCCUGGAAGACAGGAAUAAGUGGACAGUUGCAGAAAGCAUUUGUAACAGGGGUCCCCAAGUUGAAUCGAUCGGAGUUGGAAACAGCCUGUGAAGAUUUCAGCAAUAUCAUUAACAGUUUUGAGAAGUGCACCGUAUAUAAAGGAACACUGUCCAGUGGAGUUGAGAUUGCUGUUGAUUCUACUAUUGUUACUUCUGCCGAUGAGUGGUCAAAGAACAUGGAAAUGGCCUAUAGGAGAAAGAUUGCUGCUCUAUCCCGUGUUAACCAUAAGAACUUUACCAAUCUUAUUGGUUACUGUGACGAAGAAGAACCACUCACAAGGAUGAUGGUGUUUGAGUAUGCUCCAAAUGGAAGCUUAUUCGAGCAUCUACAUGUUAAAGAAGUUGAACAUCUUGAUUGGAGUGCAAGGGUGAGGGUUAUCAUGGGUACAGCUUAUUGUCUUCAAUACAUGCACCAUGAUCUGAAUCCACCAGUAUCUCAUUCCCACCUUAGUUCAGUUUCUAUAUUAUUAACAGACGACUUUGCUGCUAAGAUUUCCGAGAUCAGUUUCGGCAACAACAGAGUAUCAAAAUCCAGCACAAGUGGAGACGACUCAAAGAAAUCCGAGUUGCCACCGCAACAAGGUCCUGAAACCGAUGUCUAUAACUUUGGAGUAUUGUUACUUGAAAUCAUUUCUGCGAAACUGCCUUACUCUGAAGAACAAGGUCACCUUGUAAACUGGGCCUCUGAGUACUUGAAUGAUAAGCGAAAUUUCGGCUGUUUGAUCGAUCCCACGCUCGAGUCCUUUAAAGACAACGAACUUGAUGUCAUAUGUGAGGUGAUAAAAGAAUGCAUUCAAUCUGAUCCAAGGUUAAGACCAACAAUGCAGGAAAUAACUUGCAAAUUGAGAGAAGUGCUUAAUAUAUCGCCCGAGCAAGCAGUUCCGAGACUUUCUCCGCUCUGGUGGGCUGAAUUGGAGAUCUUAUCAGUGGAAGCCACUUAAGUUCUCUUAUUUGUUUGUUAGUAAGUCAAACUUCUCUUAACCUGUUCCAAGCUGACAGAGAUAUAGCUUUGUAACUCAAAAUUCUUUAAUUCCAUUUGUUGUUUUGUGAUUAAUACCAUAGCUGUUCUUGUGUCCCAA